AUGGCAGCGAGCUUUAAAAUCCCAACAAGUGUGAAAGGAAAGGCAAAAAAGGAUCCGGGGUUGCCAAAGUUUGAUUGGAAACCUUUCGAAAAAGAAAAGAGUUUGAGUUGCGGUACGUUGGGGUCCGUAUACCUAGGAAAAUACAAAGGAAAACCAGAAAAAGUGGUUACUAAAAAGAUAAUGUCUAAUCGAUUGACUCGAAAUCCCGUUUCGUGGAAGAAACCGCACUGUUGAACAGUGCAAAUGGCCACAGGAACAUAAUCCGGUUCCCUUGAAUUCAGUAAUGAUGCAUGGAGCUAUUCUUGCUUCGAUUUUUGUCCGUUUGGAGUUGCAAAAAGCCUUUGCACACUAGAAGAUUUUGUCCAUUUUGUAGACGAUGAGUUUGACUUUGCCUCCUUCGCAGACUUGUUGCCAACAUGUGCCAAAGAUGUUGUCGAAGGUUUGAAAUAUUUCCACAGCAAGAAUAUCGCUGGCACCAGGAUCUGA